AUGCGGCGGGGUCUCUCCGCCUGCGGUCUGCUUGCCCGCGUUGCCGCCACUCACCGCUGCGCCGCGCGGCGUGUUCCGCCGCCGCUGCCGCCAGGAGCCCGUGGCACACCGCCGCGUAUCGCCGCCUCCGGCCGAUUACCGCCACCCCCGCCGUUACCGGGCGCCGUUGCCGCCUCUGCCAGCGCCGCCCUGCCGUGGAAGUCGCCGCAGGAGGUGUUGUCGGCAUUCAUUGAGUUUAUUCCCACCUUCUACGUGCCCAUCCACUGCGUGGCGGCGGUCCUGUCGGAGGAGUGCCGCAGACACUUUAUUGGACGCGGUCGCUUUCUCUCCUUCCUCAAGCGCUACCGCUUCUUCUUUGACUUGCGCGUCCUCGACGGGGUCCGCUGCGACGUGAAGCUGCGCGACGACUUGAGCCACCCCCGCCGCGGCGCCGCGGACGAGAAGUUCGUGAUGACGGACGUGGGCGACGUCAUCAACUACGUCGCCAACCCGGAGUUCAUCGUCUCCAUCGAGUCGAUUGAGCAGGGAAACGCGAGCGUGGCGCUGAAGCCGGCGUGCGCCCCGCCUGCCGUGCAUGUGCGGCUGGAGGAGAAGGUGCCGGUGCUGGAGCGCCUCAAGGCGCUUGUCCCGGAAGAGUUCGCGUUGCUCGAUCACGUGGAGGAGGGUGUGCCGGAGGAUGUCUUGUUUCACCCGUACUUUGACUGCCAGGGCGGCCUCAUCUCCAUCGCGUCAAAGUUCCCGGAGUUCUUUCAGGUGGUGGACGGCAUGAUUCGCCGCCGACCGCCGCACCUCGCCCCGCUUGCGCUUAAUGACUACACGCUGGAGGAGUCGCCGAUUCCCGCCGUCGCGGCGCUGGUGGCGAAGGAGGUGUGCGACAGCGACAUCCCCCACUGGGUGAGCAUCACUUCUCUCUACGAGCAGCUCACGCGGGAGCAGAAGCGGCAGAUUAAGCGGGAGUACAAGAGUUUCGCAGGGUUUCUGCGCUCGCACGGGCGUUCCCUGUCGCUCUCGCAGGACAUGCUGCAGGUGGCAAAAUGGAUCCCCCAGGCGCGCAAAGCCGCACCCGCGACGACGUCUCUCGCUGCCGCGAACGCGGCGGAGGGAAGGGCAGGAACCGUAGGCGGCGAGGGGGACAGCAGCGGCGUUGCGGCGGCGCCAGCGGCAGCAAACGCACAGGCGUCUGGCGUGCCUAUUCAGUACGCGUACACGCAUACACAUAUCAUCAAUGAACUCUUUGACAAGUUUCCACCGCAUCGCACGCUGAAUUUGGAGGAGUUGCUUGACCUUGUCUCCCCCGCCAUGCGUCCCUCACUGCCGAAGAAGGUGCUGGCGUGGAUUGCCUCGUACCCGUCCUACUUCAUCGUGGACGAUGCCGCAGAGAAGGAUCCUCGUAAGGCCCGCAUUCGACGCGCCUCGGAUCGCCAGCCGCUGGAUGUGGCUCUAGAGCUGUACCAAUGCAUCCCCGAGGAAGGCAUCUCUGAGGCGGCCCUGCUCACGAAGCUGCCGGAGGUGCACCGGGAGUACGUGAAGCGGAUAGGGCUGCGGCACAUUGUGAACUCGCUCUCCGAGUGGCUCAUCCUCACGGAGGCGGCAGGCGGUGGCGCAGCGGGGGAGGCGAAUACCCCGCUGCUGCGACGGCUGCAGACGGAGGUGGACCUCGAGCGCGCCAUCCACUCGGAGGAGUCCAAAGUGGCCGGCGGCGACGAGAGGCCGGCGCAGGUGCCGCUCGAGGACGCGGAGCUGCAGCAGCGGUGGCCGAAGUUAAAAUACGAGGGGAGCAUGAUCCAGCCGCCGCCACACACGGCGCGACCACGCCUGCGACGCGACCGUGGCGACGCCUAG